AUGGUGACUGGUCGCACAGUGUUUGGUGUGAGUGUAAUAGCUAAGGCUUCAAUAGCUAAAAGCUGUGGUAAUGAUUUUUCUCCCCAUUAUGAUCUUUGGAAUAUGAAUUUUAAGGAUUCCUUAGGCAAUGCUCUGCUUCAUUUGGCGGCCAGCAUUUCAGAUACCGAGUUAAUUAAACUGCUGCUAGAGAAAGGAGCCGACAUAACCAACAUUAAUAAAGACGGACGAACUCCUGUACGUGUUGCUUGCGAAAAAACUUCUUUAAAAACUGUGAAGUUAUUGACUGAAAGAUCCCCGGACUAUAUUCUUGAAGAGUUCGAUAAUGAUAAAGGAACUCCUUUAGACAUUGCAUGUCGAAGUAGCUGUCCAGAAGUUGUGAAGUACCUCUUGUCACAAGGAACUAGUGUGCAUAAGUCCCAAGCUUUUGGACUACCAUGUCCUCUUUCGGAAGCUGUUUCUAAUAAAGCAGAAUAUGCAAUACCUAUAGCAUCUCUGCAUUUAGACGCUGGUGUAAAU